AUGAAUACUUCAGCUGCUCGACCUUACAACACGUCAAUCAGUAAUUCACCCCUGCUGCCUUUGCUGAUACUUUCUCUGGCGAAGCAAAAACACACACCCUUAGGAACUACACAAAUUAGAACAGAAUAUGACUACAUAAUUGUUGGUGCAGGAUCUGCUGGAUCGGUUGUGGCCAAUAGGUUGUCCGAAAUACCAUGCGUGAAUGUGUUGUUACUAGAAGCUGGUCCACCUCCUCCUAUUCUAACAAGUGUUCCUGUUUUAGCAAGAAGUGGAUGGUACACAGAAAUUGACUGGAGAUAUCGAACUGCACCUCAAAAGCAUACCGGGAGAGGCCUGAUCAAUAGACAAUUAAUUUUCCCAAGAGGAAAGAUGUUAGGCGGCACCAGCGUCCUUAACCACAUGGUUUAUGUUCGUGGUAACCGGAAUAACUUCGAUGAUUGGGCAGCACAAGGUGCUACAGGCUGGAGUUACGAUGAAGUUCUGCCUUAUUUCAAAAAAGCUGAAGACAACAGAGAUCCAGAUGUUCGUAAUAAUGGUUUUCAUGGCGUUGGCGGACCACUAACUGUUCACAGACCUCGCUACGAUACGGAAGCAAAAAGACGUAUAUUUGAAGUCGCCGAGCAGUUGGGAUAUCAAAAUGUCGAUUCAAAUGGAAGAAACCAGACAGGAAUUUUCGAUUUUCAAGGAACACUACGAGGAAGUCAGAGGUGUAGUACAGCAAAAGCGUAUUUAGUUCCUGCUGAAAAUCGUCCAAAUCUCGAUAUUUUACCAAAUGCAAUGGUCAAAAAGAUCCUAAUCGAAAACAAAAGAGCUGUCGGAGUAGUAUUUGAUCAUGGAGAUGACAUCUACGAAGUUUUUGCAACCAGAGAAGUAAUUUUAUCUGCCGGAGCCAUUAACACACCACAACUACUCAUGCUAUCUGGAAUAGGUCCGCGAAAAGAUCUCCAGAAACUAAAUAUUCGAGUAGAAGCUGAUUUGCCUGUUGGUUUAAAUUUGCAAGAUCAUGCUGGUCCUUUUAUGAAUUUUGUAAUGCCACCGAACUUUGAAAGUUUAACCGAAAGAACAUCCAAGCCUGAAAAUAUACUUCGUUAUGCAUACAAUAAAACGGGGCCACUGGCAUCUACUGAUGGGGAACUUAUGCAACUAUUUUCCAGUAUCGGAUCAGCAAAUCAGCCAGCGGAUUUUCCAGAUUAUCAGAUUCAUUUUAGUGAGACAACCGCACAGCUUGCCAAGGAGUAUUUCGGACUUCUGCCUGAGGUAUACGACAGAUUGUACGCUUCAUAUGAGAACAGAUCUCUUCUGACGUGCUACACGUGCAUGCUUCAACCAAAAAGCAGAGGCAAAGUAACACUGAGGUCCAGAAAUCCUUUCGAUCCUCCAAUCAUCGAUCCAAAUUAUUUCGAAGAUGAGAGAGAUUUAGAUGCCGUCGUGGAAGCAAUGAAAGUUUGCAAAAGGAUCGGAACCAGCAAACCGAUGAGGGAUUUGGGAGUGAGACUAGCACGAACGAUGUAUCCAGGGUGUGAACAGUACGCACUUGACGACGACUUGUACUUCAGAUGUCAGGCGAGGUCUGUGAGCAUAAGCAUCUACCAUCCUACCAGUACGGCCAAAAUGGGAGACCCUAGAGAUCCAACAACAGUUGUGGAUCCGCAACUUAGAGUGAAGAAUAUUAGUGGACUUCGUGUAGUUGAUGCGUCCAUUAUGCCCAUCAUCACUUCUGGAAACACCAAUGCUCCUACCAUUAUGAUUGGUGAAAAAGCUUCGGACAUCAUCAAAAGUACAAUCUCGUGCUCUGACAAGGGGGAUCGCGAUGAUGGCAGCAGAUAUUCCUCUACAAGUCUUGUUACGGAUGCUAACCAGUUUGAAAGCGAAGUUACAACUCUUUCCGAUUCUGAUGAUAAUGAUUACGAAACUACAUCGGAAGAAAUGUUUGAGUCUUCUACUGAUGACGAUAGUACUGCUGAAGAUUCAGCAGAAACAACUGAGCCAUUUGUUAAUCAAGUAAUAGACGAAAAAGAGCAGUUAUCUAAAAAGAACACUAAGAACUCAAAUUUUGGAAAUCAAAUGAAUGAUUUGCAAGAAAAUGCUAACAUAAUGUGGAAAAACUAUAUAGAAGAAUUUACGCGAAAUAUUAAGCCAAUUCUUCUAUUAGAUAGAAAUGGCAGCAUCAAUGAUGAGAAAAUCAAGCAAAAAAGCUGA